UCUCUCAACUUCAAGCAACGCGCAAGAAAAGAAAACCAAGAUGGCUGUCUCUGUCCUCUCUUCCUCCAUUCUCCUGCUCCCGCUCCUCUGCCUCCUCUCGCUCGCCUCCGCCUGCGACCGCUGCGUGCGCCACUCCAAAGCCGCCUACUACACCUCCUCCCUCACCCUCGCCGCCGGUUCGUGCGGGUACGGCACGGCGGCCGCGUCCCUCAACGGCGGCCUGCUCGCCGCGGCGGGCCCGGCGCUGUACCGCGGGGGCGUCGGCUGCGGCGCCUGCUUCCAGGUACGGUGCAAGGACAAGAAGCUCUGCAACGCCGCCGGCGCCAGGGUCGUCGUCACCGACCGCGCCAGGACCAAGUCGAACCGCACGGACCUCGUGCUCAGCAGCCCGGCGUUCGCCGCCAUGGCCCGCCCCGGCGUGACCAAGCGGCUCGCCAGGCUCCGCGCCGUCGACGUCGAGUACAAGAGGGUGCCGUGCGAGCACGAGGGGAAGAACCUCGCGGUGAGGGUGGAGGACACCAGCCGCGCGCCCAACGAGCUCGCCGUCAGGUUCCUCUACCAGGGCGGCCAGACCGACAUCGUCGCCGUCGACGUCGCGCAGGUCGGUUCGUCGAACUGGAAGUUCAUGACACGCGACCACGGCCCGGCGUGGAGCACGAGCAUGGCGCCGCCGGGGCCGCUGCAGUUCAGGAUCGUCGUCACCGGCGGGUACGACGGGAAGUGGGUGUGGGCCGAUAAGGAGGUUCUCCCUCGCCGGUGGCGCGCCGGCGAGGUCUACGACACCGGGGUACAGAUCACGGACAUCGCGCAAGAAGGCUGCUUUCCUUGCGACACGCAGGAGUGGAGGUGAAAGUGAGAGCCCAGUAAACAAACUUGUGCAACGAGCCAAAGAAGAAGCUGCCUCCUCGUUUUGGCUGGGGUUUGAGCAGAGAUUAGUUUACUGACACGUAGGGUCCUGAAUCCUGACCCCUCGGCAACUUCUGCUGCUGAAUUUUUCCCUCUUCUUUUGCGUUUUGAUGUUUCCCCGACUCUUCUGUACUGUACAUAUACAUGAGCUGAUGACGUGAGGAAAAGUAAUUAGUAGCAUAGCA